AUGUUGCAAGACCCCCGGGGGAAGCUGCUGAAUAGCACUUACAUCAAGCUGUGGGCAGACACGCAGAGAGAGCUGGACAUCAUGCUCCAGAGAGAGAGAGAGGAGUUCCUCCAGCCCCAGGAGGACCGGGAGAAGGUGAAGAAGAUGUUGGCCACUGCCUAUAUCCAAUACCUGGAAAUGUUCCGGCGCCUGGAGGCGGCUCACGACCACCUGAUCCACCAGCAGAAGCGGGCGGCGGUUCGGCAAGUGCUGGACGGGCUCAUGGGCCGCAUCCUGGAGAUCAAGAGAGACAUGGUGGCCCUGGAGAGCUGCGAGUGUCACUGCAUGGAUGGCAUCCUCACGGAUCUCGGGCGUGUCCCGGAAGACAUAGAAAUACCCAUCCCAAAGUAUUUUAUUAAAGAAAACCUGAGAAUCCUGCAGGAGAGGGAGCAAUACCUACAUGAGAUUCUGCUGAAUGCUGGUUUGCUAGAACAGGAACCUGUCAUGGCCAUGACACUUGAAGAAGGCAUUAAAGUGAUCCAGGUGGCAGAACGGGCUCGCCAGGGCCGUGCUCGAGCGGCAUUCAUGAGGAAAAUAUACCUUGAAGAGAAAAGACAAAGUCAAAAACAGGAGAAAGGGGCGGGUAGAAAUCCAGAUGAUGCUGCCACUUGCAUUCAAAAGGUUUGGCGUGGGUACCGUCAGCGCAUGCAAACAGAGAAACUGAGAGAGGAGGAAAUGAUAUUUCUGGGCAUGAGCCUGCCUCCUGACGUGGAGGCAAGGAUCAGUUUGCAGAAAGCAAAUGUCCUGCAAGGUGAAGUCCAGGAAAGAGAGGACUUUUCCUUCAGACAAGAGCUGAGGGAAGCAGAGGGGUCCCACAUCAAGGAAACCCUUCAGGACCAGAUCACCCAGUGCUUCGUCGAGUGCCGACAUAUCACGGGCAGGUUUCCUGACUAUCCCCCUGAGAAGACAGGCGGUUCCAAAGCUAUAUUUAUUGAAAAACAUCCAGAGCAGGUCGCUGAAGAGCUGACUGGCAAAAAGGAGGCAGUGAAAAAAGAGAAGAAGAACGGAAAAGAAGAAGACAAAGAGGCCAAACUCCAGAAGGCACAAAAAGCUGGAAAGCAAGUAGUGGAUGAAGGCUGGAAAAUGGGUCCAAGCAAUUUCCUUUCCAUACUGGAGGAAGGAAGCUCUCAGUACCAAGUCUUUUGGGAGAACAGAGAUAACAGAUCGGAUUUUCUCCAGGAUCAUGACCCAGAGCUGAUCAAAAGAGAGGAACGGGAAGAAGUGGAGGAAGAGAUCAGAGUGCAGGUCGAUGAAGUGAUGCAAGAGAAACUGCUGAAAGUCAAACAGGCUGUGGAUGGAGAGACAGGUCCUCACGGUAAAAAAGCUGGGAAAAGUGACAAGGGAAGCAAGAAGACACCUGGGAAGAAAAAAAUACCUGAGCUGGAGAGAGAUCUGACUCCUGACAGGACCAUUGAUUCCCUGUACCAGGAACUUGCAGAAGAAGGAUUGCUCAUCCAAGUCAAGAAUGUGAAUCUCUCUGACUACAUUGGUAAAGUACCCCUUUUACAGCAAACGUGGUGUCUGAUCAAACCUGCAGCCAUUCCACCUUCACUGACCCCUGUUUCUAGUCAAGGCUGAGGUCAAGAGUCACUGCACUUUGAAUAUCUAAAGCCAGGCUACUACGACUGUCUGAGGAGCAUCCUUCGUGAGACAGGUGCCCAGCCCGUGCCCUCCAUCCCAGAAGUCAGACAGCUCGUGGCACUCUAUGGAAUAUUGCCCCUGGGUUCCCAAACCGUCCAUGAGAAUGCUCCUUUGGUGAAAUCCCUGUUGCUGGCAGGACCUGCUGGUGUUGGAAAGAAAAUGUUGGUCCAUGCCAUCUGCACAGAAACAGGAGCGAACCUCUUCAACCUCACUCCUUCCAACAUUGCUGGGAAGUAUCCAGGCAGGGAUGCCCUGAUAAUGAUGCUUCACAUGAUUCUCAAGGUGGGCAAGGAACUGCAGCCUUCAGUCGUGUGGAUUGGAGACACAGAGAGAAUGUUUUCCAAAGGGGCACCAAAGGGAGAAGAUGAGGUGAACUCCAAACGCCUGGCCAAGCUCCUGCCCCAGUUCCUGAGGGCUGUGAAACCCAAGGACAGGGUGCUGCUGGUGGGGACUUCCAGCAGGCCCUUCGAUGCCAACCUGGGCCCUUUCUGCAAAGUUUACCAGAAAAUCAUUCUCGUUCCAAAGCCUGACUACCUCACAAGAUUUGCACUGUGGAAGCACUACAUCCUGCAGAGUGGUGGGACCCUCACCAAGCUACUGAACCUGAACUGCCUGGCCCAGGUGUCGGAUGGCUUCACCCAGGGCCACGUUGUGGACGUGGUGCACACUGUGCUGACUGAGCUGAGGCUGCUGCAGAUGGCCAGGAAGCCACUGAGGACUGCUGAGUUUGUCACUUCUCUGGCCAGACACGACCCAGUGUACAGAGAGGAGGAGGAAACAUUUCAGGCCUGGUAUGCCAAAACCCCACUGGGGAAAGCAUGGAGCACAGCACUGGCAGCAAAAGAAGCAGAAAAAGGAAAGAAGAAAGGAAAGAAAGGAAAGAAAGGGAAAAAGUAA